CUUUUGAAUUCAUUCAGUAUUAUUGUUUUCGGCAUUAGGCUUAUACAUGUAUAUUGCACUUCUUUUCUGUGUUACGAAUAAUUUCAGUUAACAUUGAAGAGAACUGCGGUAAAUCUAUUAACAGCUUUGCGGGGGAGCUUACUAGUAAAUUUGAUUCGUCAAAAUACAACUCAAAAAUAGUUGGAGGGCAAUGCCGUGUCACUGUCAAACUUGAGAGUUCGUUGUUCACAUCAAAGUCACACGUGUUGUUCUAUUUCACAGAGGUGAAUCCAUUUCCCUCCUGUAAUGCAGGCAAUAUUACAAUUCUUGAUGGUGACAAGAAGUUGGCGAUUAAAGGAUUGCCUCGAUUUCUUUGCGGACAUCAUCAAGAACUUGAACAAUCUGACAAAUUCUUUACAACGUUAAGUGAUAGAUUGACGGUCGUAGUUAAUACAAAUGAUGUCUCCAGUUACUACGGACAAUUCAACAUGAAAUACAUCAUGUUUAGUAAUGGUCCAUGUCACAGUGAACAUGUAUACAAAUGUUCAAAUGGACGCUGCAUCCCAAACUAUUAUCGUUGUUCGAGUCAGAUUAAUGCUUGCUUGACAACAGAAGCAGUGUGCAAUCGAACUAGAGAUUUAAAAGUCAAUGAUAGUACCCGUGACAAGGAACCGAAGUAUUUACAGAAUUUGUAUACGUUUGCUUCAUUAGUAAUAUUCGGGAUAACCGCACUCUGCGUUUACAGGAGACUGAAAGGGAAGCCAUGCCGAUCACAUCCAAACCCACGACCAGACGCAACAAAUCAGGGCCGAGGCUGGGGACCAAUUAAUAUUCAAUCUAAUUCAGCACCAGAUGAGCAAGUACCCUUUUCAAACACAAGUUUAAACGAAGUUAAUACUAUUGACACAUUAUCUGUCAGUCUUGACAAUUCACUCCCUCCUGAGCAAGUAAUUUUUCCAAAUAGAUACAUGCUAGCCAUUACGUAUUCAGAUCAUCCGCCUUUAUACGAAGAUGUCGAAGAUAAUAAUGAUAACAAUGGAGAUAUUCUGCCAAGCUAUGGCGACGUUGUAGCUAAUCCUACAGAGUACACUCAUGUUUCACAAAGAUGAUAUCGCAUU